CCUUCCCAAACACGCUCCUCAUUCUUGUUCUAAUCCCUUCUAUACGUGAGCAUGACUGAAGAGAAGCAGCACCAAGGCGUCUUCCACCACCACAAGAGCGAGGAGAAACCAGUUGAUUACAGAAAAGAAAAGAAGCAUCACAAGAAUCUUGGGCACGUUGGUAAGCUUGGAGCUGCUGCCGCUGGUGCUUUUGCCAUGAAUGAGAAGCACAAGUCAAAGAAAGACCCAGAGCAUGCACACGGGCACAAGAUAAAGGAGGAGAUUGCCGCGGCAGCUGCAGUUGGAACCUGUGGAUUGGUAUUCCAUGAGCAUCAUGAGAAGAAAGCAACCAAGAAAGAGGAAGAAGAGGCUAAUGGAAAGAAGCACCACCACUUCUAAUUGUUUUAAUUAAUUGAUUAAUCUUGUGUGUUACAGGCCUUAAUCUUGGUUACGUCACUAAUCACUAUAGUUAUAAAUCACCCCUCCUAAAUAAUACCUGUAUGCACGAGAUUUUUGUAUCCCUGCCGAACCAGUGCUAUCUGGCUCUUUUGCUUUUGUACGCAAUAUUAAUUCUUGUUUAUAAUAA